AUGGGCAACACGGUGCUCUCCAAACGAGCCGCUUCUGAUCUCCAAAUCCUAAAGUCCAAACAACCCGAGCGCUUCCACCAAGCCCAUCUCUUCCGCAAGACCCUCUGCAUCCUGGAGAGUCAUCACUAUAGACUCCCAGCUCGACGUUUUGCCUUGGAUUUAUUUGACAAGAGUGUCAUGCGACGAAUCGUCCUCGAUGAAGAUUCCGACUCGGAGUCGGACUCGUUAACUACUUCCAAGUCAGAAUAA